CCUGCCGUGGGACAUACGAAAGAUGUGGGGACAACACGGCGUGAACGCGUACGAAGAAUAUCGUCCGAUAUUGAACCGCCCCGAGGAUCCUACGGUAUGGGCCUGCAGUGGCGCUGGAUCGCGGCAAGUUCUCGCAGACGAUGGUGAAUCGUGGCCCGAGAGCCAAGAUUCGGACAACUUUUUUUUUCGAAUCGUAUCAUGUAGCACGUUUUCGGAAAGCCGAUGUUUCGUCGCGAAAAGCGAAAUUCCGAACUCGGGUCACGGCCUGUUCCUAGCACGACACAAGUUCCCCAUCGAGAGCGGGGCGCAUAUCUGCCUUUACGCCGAACGAAGCACCACCGAGGAAGAAAUGAACAAAAACAGCAGCUCUCGUUCCUACGCGAUAUUCGUGCACAGAAAAAAACGAUGGUUCGACGCGGAGGUGGAAACGGCCAAUAAUUUGGGACGAUUUGCAAAUCAGCCGUGGGUGCUCGAAGCAUUCAAGCACAUACGAACUCUUUCGUCAGCGGAAAGGCCCCCUCUGACGGAAGAGGAUUGGGCGAAAACCGAAAGUCGAAUAGACGAACAGUGCAACGCUCGCUUCGACACGACCGGGGAACAGUUAGUUCUACGAACGAAACGGCGCUUGGAGCCCUCGAAACGUCCGACGGAGAUACUGGUGAACUACGGUGGGCUUCGCUCCUACUGGAUCCCGUUGUUAAGACAACGCCGUGAUGAUGAAGUGCUACCAGAAAGCCUGAGAGAAAUCGUUGCGUGGCUUUUCGAGUCCCCAGAAUGCAACUGGUCGACCGAGCAAAGAACUAAAUGGGCGUUUAUGUGAACUGAAAAGAACAUGCAACCAAUUUGAACAUAAUAGUUGAACAUUUAAGCCGGACAUUUCACUGAAAAUUUAGGCUAUUUAUUUAUUUUGUUGCUUCUGUAUUGAAAAUGUACAUAUGUCAGGAAAUAAAGUUUUUUUCUGGCCAAAGCUAGAUAUUAAUAACCCUUUUGUCACUACUUGUAUAUACAGUGUGUAUCAGGAAUGAAACAUGCGUGCAUUAUUAAUGAUAAGCUUA